UCAUUGCUGGGGUGUCCCGGUUUCCCUUCGGCGGUAUGGAACUUGGUGUUUUGGCGCGCUAGAAAAUGAUGACAGCUGUCAGAAUCAUUAUGUCAUCUGUCAAGAACCCGGUGUUGUGUGAAGGUUAGAAAUAGGAUUAGAACAGGUUAGAACGUCGGAUAGGGACACUCUUGUUUAAAUUUUUAUCAAGAUGUGUUGAAUGCACAUAAUAACAGAAUUAUGUCAGACACUAGAGAUAAAUAUGGGCCAUUAAUUGGAUCCAUUGAUGAAGGAACAUCGAGUACAAGAUUUUUAGUAUUUGCAUCAAAGACUGCUGAAGUAUUAACUUACCACCAGAUUAAAAUACCUCACAUCACUCCCAAGGAAGGAUGGUUCGAACAAGAUCCCAUGUUAAUUUUGAAUUCAGUUAUUGAAACUAUUAAUGUGACAUGUGAUAAUUUAAAAAAACUUAACAUAAAUUAUGAAGACAUUGUGGCCACUGGUAUCACAAAUCAGAGAGAAACCACAAUUCUCUGGGAUUGUAAAACGGGAAAACCGUUAUAUAAUGCCUUAGUGUGGAUGGAUAUGCGAACCUCAAGUACAGCAGACGCUAUUUUACUAAAUGGUAAACGAGAUAAAAAUUUUUUGCAAAGUAUGUGUGGAUUACCAAUCAGUACUUACUUUAGUGCUUUAAAAAUAAGAUGGUUAAUGGAUAAUGUAGAAAGCAUACGGGAAGCAAUGGAUGAGAGGCGAUGUUUUUUUGGGACUGUGGAUUCAUGGUUAAUUUGGAAUCUCACGGGCGGUAUUAAUGGGGGUCUUCAUGUAACUGAUGUUACAAAUGCAUCGAGAACUAUGUUAAUGAACAUAGAAACAUUGAAAUGGGAUCCUUACCUUUGUAAAGUGUUUGACAUUCCAAUGCACAUUUUGCCAGAAAUUAGAAGCUCAUCUGAGAUAUAUGGUUACAUUACAGAUGUUACAACAUUAGCAGGCAUUCCUAUUUCAGGGGUAUUAGGCGACCAACAAGCUGCAUUAGUUGGCCAGAUGUGUUUUCAUCAGGGACAAGCUAAAAAUACAUAUGGAACUGGAUGUUUUCUUUUAUAUAAUACUGGAACAACUAUGGUUCAGUCCAAUCAUGGUCUUCUAACAACAGUAGGUUAUAAAUUAGGGCCAGAUAAACCACCUGUAUAUGCUUUGGAAGGUUCUAUUGCUAUAGCAGGAAUUGCUAUAAAGUGGCUCGAAGAUAACUUAAAGAUUUUAAAAGACUCAAAACACUCAGGGGAGAUGGCGGCGUCAGCAGAUGAAGUGGGUGAAGUUUAUUUUGUACCAGCUUUUUCAGGUCUUUAUGCACCCUACUGGAGAAAAGAUGCUAGAAGUGUUAUAUGUGGUCUCACUGAAGAAACGAAACCAGAGCAUUUGGUGAAAGCAGCCUUAGAAGCAGUUUGUUACCAAGUGAGAGACAUUUUAGAAGCUAUGGCAUUAGAUUGCGGUUACUCUUUGUCAAAAUUAUUGGUUGAUGGGGGUAUGACAGCUAACGAUUUUUUGAUGCAAAUGCAAGCAGAUUAUUGUGGAAUUCCUGUGGUAAGGCCUACAAUGGCGGAAACUACUUGUUUGGGAGCUGCAAUAGCUGCUGGAAAUGCAAAAGGUGUUGAAGUUUGGGACUUGGAUAAUAUUCAACCAGUACCUAGUGAUACAUUUUUACCUUCCAUAACAGAUGAUCAGAGGGAUAUCAGGUAUGCCCGCUGGAAAAUGGCAAUUUCUAGGAGUCUAGGGUGGGCAGAAGAUGAAGUGGAUAGUGACGGUCUUGCAGAUGAGACGCUCAGGACUUCAUUACCAGGAGGUUUAUUUGUGUUUGGAACAAUAGCUAUGUUGGUUGUGGCAGACAUUUUAGGAAAGAAGUAACAAAUAUGUAGGCAUUUGGGAAAAGUAGGUAUAUAUUUAAGAUUCCAUUCUGAUUAUUGGACAUUCUUGGCAUCUACGAUUUUAAUAUUUGUGGCCUAAUACUUGGUAUUUUUGUGCGAUUUUAGGUAUUUGUACCUUACAACUGUGAUCCAUACAUUUAAUGCAUUAUAAACUGUAUUUCUUUUUGAAAGGUUAAUUGUAGGUAUUAUGUUUGAAUGAAUUUGUUUUGAUUUAGUGUAGCUUCAUUGUUACAAUAAAGCAUUUUCUGUUUA